AGAUUUUCAACGGAAUCUAUUUUAACCCACCAGUAUCUGAAACAUGCGGAUCCGAGAAUCAGGGAAAAGGAAGGAUGCAACUAGGGUGUACGAUAUUCCUGGAGAGCUUUUUCCAGGGAAGCAAAUAAUACUAAAAGGGCGUGUUCCAUGGGGAUCGACAUCGUUCUCAAUCAAUAUUUCUUCAACUCCAAAGAUGGGCGAUGGUGACAUUAUUCUCCAUUUUAAUGCCCGCCUCCCUGAAAGAGUUUGUGUGAGAAAUGCUUUGAUUAAUGGCUCCUGGGGCGCAGAAGAAAAGGAUCAGCCAUUUUUCCCAUUCUACGACGGCAGGUCUUUUACUUUUAUAAUAGAAGUCACUGAUGAUGCCUUCAGGAUUUAUGUAAAUGGGAGACACUUCGUGAACUUUUCUCAUCGUACUGGCUACCGAAAAGGCAACUAUCUCAUUUUAAGGGAGGGAGCAGAGUAUUAUGACGUCAUAUUCCUAGAAAAACCCAUCAUUCCAUUCAGUGCAAUCAUUCACAAAGGAAUGAAAAUUGGAAAGACUUUAAGAAUUCGAGGCAUGUGCACAGACCAAGAUGGAUUUGCGAUUAAUUUCAUGGAUGGAGGCAGUAAUAUCUACUUUCACUUUAACGCCCGACCUAGGGAGGCAUUAGUCGUAAGGAACUCCAAGUUUGGAGGCUGGGGGAAAGAGGAAAAAGAUUGUCCAGCAGGAUUUCCAUUUAACCCUCUAGAAUACUUUGAUGCCUCGUUUGUCUGCAUGGAAGACAAAUUUGCAGUGUAUGUGAACGAUGGACAUUUCAUAGAUUUUUACCAUCGAGGCAAUCCCACCAACAUCACGGUUCUCAAUGUCACUGGUAGUGUUAACAUCUUUGACGUGGACUGUUUGGAGCCGGUGGGAGAAGACUCUAUGACUGAGGUGGAAUCUGGCUUGGAGAAAGGGGACAUCUUUGUUCUCAAUGGCAUGAUGAAAAAUGAUGGAAAAACGUUUGCGAUCAACUUCCUGAAUGGGUUUUCUGCGGACGGAGACAUUGCCCUACAUUUUAAUCCGCGGAGGAAUACGGGAGAUGUGGUUCUUAACAGUCGGUUUGGAGGGGCGUGGCAGAAUGAGGAGAAGGUCCCCUUACCCUUGGUCUUCUGGUCUAACAGGCCAUUUCAAAUCAAAAUAGAGACAAAGAAACGAAAAUUUACGAUCUCACUAAAUGGGGUUCGACUAGCACAGUAUAGAAUGCGUGACAGUGUCGAGAAAAUCCGGGCUAUUCAGAUUUCCGGUGAUGUCUUCAUACUAGAGACGCUGCUGAUGAAAAGAUUGGAGGAGCCGAUUUGGGAGCGGUUGCCCGGAGGAUUAAGACCAGGAAGUUGGGUUAUUCUUCAGGGAACCCCAAAAAAGUACUGGACAGGAUUUGGUAUAAAUUUUCGGUACGAUGACCGGGAGGACGGAGACAUUGCUUUUUUCUUCAAUCCCCGGAAGAACGACGGACAGGUAGUCAGAAAUCACAAACAGUAUAACCAGUGGGGACCGGAAGAGAGAAGUACCCCCAACUUCCCAUUUGAUGCCGGAAACACUUUUGAAAUAGUUUUCUUUGUCAGAGAAGACAAGUUUUUGACAUAUGUGAACAGCAAAUCCUUUAUCGAAUUUAAUCAUCGUCUUCCUUUGGAAAGAAUCAACUUUCUCUCAAUGAAAGGAGACUGCAACUUCUACGAGCCAGAGCUGCUUGUUUAGAUCAUAGAAGAACAGUGUCACAUGUUCAGUGAUAUACUAGUAGCAUAAACAUUCUAUGUUUCAAAAGCUUUGAUCUGUUUAUUUAUUUUUAAAAGGUUCAUAUUUAUAUAUGUCAUUGUGCUUCCUUUUUCAAUAAUUUAAUCAAAUACUGCUAGAUGUUAUAUUUUUUUUUAUAAAAGUAAUGUGCAAUUUUUGCCGUCAAUGUUUUAAGAAAGGGAUCCAAUGCACACCCAGGGGAAAGGAAAUUUUAUUCGUAUAAGAAAAAGUUAUAGUGAUGGUACACAAAAGGUUAUAUGUAUGUAUAAAUUCAGUUGAAAUUUUAAUUAUUCAAUUUUUGCUUUAAAUAAGAAAUGGAAAAAAUUAAAUGGAUUCAUGUAAUGCAACUUCUUAUAUAAGACGCUCUUUCCCCAAUUUUUUUUUAAAUGUACUUGACAAAUUUGUAGAAAUUGAACAUUUUCUUCAGUUUUCUUUAUUUGUUUGGAUGCAACAUCAUUCAAAUGUAACAUAGAGAGUAUGCCUUUAGGACUUGCUGUGGAUGUAUUGAAAUAAAAAUAAUCUGCUUUGUUGAA